AUGGACAGAUCACGAUGCAACCACUACGGUUGCACGAAUGGACACAUCUCUGCCACCUCGCAGGAUGCAACGGGUGACACAUCGAGAGCAGGACCAUCACGGCGUGCUCCUCCACCACCACCACCACCCUCAUCAACCUAUCCGAUCCAUUCUCCCUCGGAACCAACACCAUCAUCUUCCAACCCCAACUCGCUGUACGCACGAACCGUCAACUACGCAUCCUCGCUUCAAUGGAGCAAGGAAGAGACGGACGAGUUCCUGCUGGCGCACCGCACCGUCGUCACCGCAGGCACUGCCUCGCUCGUGUCCACCGCAGCCUCCUUUCCGUUCGACUCGGUGAAAUCGCGUCUGCAGGUGCGCGACUAUCCGUCGAUCUGGGCGUGCGCCAAAUCCGUCGUUCGCGAAGAAGGCUUCCGCGGCUUCUUCCGUGGCGUCACCAUCCCCCUCAUCACCAUCUCGUUCGUCAGAACUUCCUCCUUUUCCAUCUACUACAACACCAAAUCCAACCUCCACCGAAACGGCAUCUUCAACGAUUCUUCGCGGUUGAUACACACGGCACUGUCGGGUGCAGCGGGGGGUGCGACGAGUGGAGUCAUCAUUUCGUGCGGUAGUGCACCAUUUGAACUGGUGAAAGUGCAGAGACAGUUGGAGUACCUCAUCGCGGUACAGAAGGGGCUGAUCAAGAAGAAUCCGGUCGGCAGCACCAGCGCACGGUCGAGAACGUUUGUUCCCCAGUCAGGUUUCCAAGCCGCCGCCAACAUCUACAGGAACUUCGGCGGCAUCAAGGGCUUCUACAUGGGCUUCCCUCUGCACAUGACGAGGGAUACGUUGGGUACAGCCUUGUACUUUGGGUUCUACGACUCGAUCCGCAAACUCGUCUCGCGCCACUCGGUGGAUGCAGGUGCAUCCGGUCCAAAGCUCUACGGGAUACCCGCACCGGUGGUGUCGUUCCUAUCGGGUUCGAGCGCGGGGAUUCUGAGUUGGUUGAUCGUAUACCCCGUAGAUCUGAUCAAGACAAAGGUGCAGCGCGACGCACUAGCGGGCAACAAGAGGCAGUUUACCGGUUGGCAGGUGUUUUGCCAUAUGAUCAAGCAGAGACCCCCAAUACAGGCCGACGCAGCAGGUGGGCAGUUGGCAGCGGGCAACAACACGGAUACCGUGCUCAAACGCUUCUUGCGGCUGUACAGGGGGUUGGGGGUGAGCGCGUUGAGGAGCUUCAUAUCGCAUGGGUUGACGUGGACGUUGAUAGAGAGUAUAUCGGGCAAGAUCACCGAGAGGACGGGGAAGGAGGUGAGCUAUGCGCCGGAUGCGAGGAAGGAGUAG